AUGACCUUCCCCAGCAAAAGGAAACUGGUAAAGGCGGAGCAGUUCACCGAGAAGAAGAGGGCGAAUGCGCGGGGGAUAGUGAAGGCCGAAGGGGAGUCAGUGGGCGGUGCAGUAGCAGAUGCGGUGGAUGCGGCAGUUGUGAGUGCCCCCCCCGUGGGGAGAGAAGGUAGCGGGUCGGCCAUCGCCUGCUCGAUCCCGCACGGGAGUCGGCUGAAGAAGGGGGCCAUAAUCGAAAUCACGGUAUUCAACUGGAUGGUGUUUAGCGGGCCGGUGACGCUGAAGGCAGAAGAAGGAAUAAACCUGAUCGCAGCCGCAAACGCAAGCGGGAAGUCCUCCCUCGUGUGUGCCCUUGUCUUUGGCCUAGGCUACAACUCGAAUAUCCUCUCGAGGAGCAAAGACCUAAUCAAUUACAUAAAAAAGGGAGAAAAAAAAAGUUUCAUUGAAAUUAAGUUAAAGAAAGACGAAAGGACAAACACGACGAUAAAGAGAAUUAUGAACAUAACUCAGAAUAAGUUGGAGACAUUCUGGUUCGUCAACUGCAAAAAGGUUAACCAGACAGACAUACAGGAGCUACAGAAGGAGUUCCAUCUCAACUUAGGCAAUUUGAUAACAUUCAUGCCACAAGAAAAUGUAAGUCGAUUCUCUAGGCUAACCCCAGAGGAGCUAUUCGAGUGCACUCUCAUGGCGAUUGAUAAGAAUCUACUAGACAGAUAUCAUCACUUAAAGAAACUGAUAAGGGAGAAGAAGGAGGGAGAGCACAACAUGCAGUUGCUGGAACAUCAAGUGAAGGAGGAAGAAAAACUUAUAAUCGAUUUGGAAGAAAAAAAAGGGAAAUUUGAAAGCUUCAAAAAGUUACUAGCCAAAGUUAGAACAUAUCGAGUGAAAAAAUCCAUUAUGGUUAUGAAUGUCAAAAAAAAGCAGCUCGAAGAAGUGAGAGGAAAUUUGGACUCCCUCGUGAAGGAGAAAAAUGCACACUUCGAGACGCUGAGGCAGUACCUAUCCGAAGUGGAGAAGUGUCACAAGGUGAUUAAUCAUCUGUCUGAGAAACUCUACAAAGAGAAGAAAAAAAUCAAGGAGGCAACAACGCGAUAUAUCAAGAUAAAUGUCCAAUUGGACGAAAUAGAGGCGCAAAUUGUCAGCGAGGAGAAGGUCAUGGAAGACGCGGUACAACACAUGCACGAAAAUGAGGAGCAUAUAAAAAACUUGGACAAAAAGAAAAAAAAAAUUGAGGAAGAGCUAGACCAGAUAGAACAAUUCUUUCGUCAAAGGGCCACACAAAUGGGGAUCCAAAAGGGAGAUGAUGAUACGGAGGUGUCAGAAAAGGCACUCCAAGAGGAACUAAAAGACAUGGCCAACAAGAAUAAGCAGUUCCUGAUGAGGAAGUACGCACUGCAGACGGAGCAUGCGUCCCUCAUGGGGAAGCUACAAAAAAGGCAGAACUAUCAGAACAUACAGGAGGAGAAGUUCCUAAAUAGCAUAGAGUUUACACUACGUGAAAGGAUCUUGAAUUAUAAAAGGAACAUAAAAAGCAUUGUACUGACACACCAGCUGUUAAGCCAAUCGUUUUUAGAGGACCUAAAGAAAAAGUAUGACUUAUCUAAGAUCACAAGUCAGAACGAAAUGAAUGGAGAGAUUAUCGCUGAGUUAUCCAAGCGGAACAUCAUUUAUGGACCACUCUGCAAAUAUAUCAAAUGCAUCAAUCCGCAGUUCGAUUACGUGCUGGAGUUUUCCCUAAAAAAGUACUUCAAUAGUUUUCUUCUCAUCGAGAAGGAAAAUACAUCCCUGCUGGAGUCUCUCUACAAGGAUUAUAAGCUAUCCGUGAUUACCAUGUCGAAGGAGAAUCACAAAUUGUGCCACGUGACCAACGAAAUGAGAGAGCAUGGGGUGGAAUGUUUCAUUUAUGAGUUAUUUGAAAGCCCUCAGAUUGUAAAAAAUGGACUUAUGAAUUUCAUCCCUAUCAAUAUCGCCUUCGUACUCCGAGAGGGAACUUUUAAAAACAAGACUACGAAGGAAAUAACCCAUUUUAACAAUUUCAUGUUGGAAGAGAUUUCCAGACAGAUCAAUGAACAGGUCGGUAGUCUCCUCUAUUUCUGUGAACAAAAUGUGCAUCGAUACAGGAUAAGUACGUACAAUCAGAAUGUCUUUAUCGACAACUUCACCUUCAUAGAGAGGAAGUGCAAAAUAUUAUACUACAUCAGCUCGGAGGUGAAAAAAGACAUUCAUAUGUUGGAGAAAAGGAGGAAAGAAUGCGAAUCCGAGAUGCACACAUUGAAGAAGAAUAUGGACGAAUUGGAUGUCUUGAAGAAGAAGAAAAAUGAUCAGUACAAUAACCUCAUUCUACAAAGAAGUGAGGUCAACAUUAGGAAAAAGAAAAAAUUGCUUCUACUUAGGGAACUUCGAACCGUGGAGGAGAAUCUGAACCUGUACCUCAAGGGGGAACAACUCAUUGAUGAGAAAAAAAAUAAAAUAACCAUACGGAUUAACCAUCUGAAUGAGAAGAAGAUAAAGCUUUGUAGCGAUUACUUUGACACACUGAAAGGACACAAAGGCAACGACAUGGAAGCCUUUUCCCUCGGGAGGAGACUCUCCCAGUGGAAAAAAUACCUCUCCCUCGUCAAGAGCCAAAACGCAGAAAGUGAGCAAAAACACCAAAUGCUGAAAUCACAGAUUGAUCUGGAGAACACCAAACAUGCUGCCCUCAUCCACGAUAUUGACGAUCUGCAAAAUCUGGUGAAGGUACAGAAGGCAGAACUCUGCAAGGAGGAAAUCAAAUCGCUCAACGAGAUUAAAGUCUCCCUCGACGAGAUCGAUAACAUUCUCCAGGAAUGUGCCAUUCAACAGAGGAUCUAUAACAACUUAGAAAAAAAUGAGGAGAAAUAUAAUAUGCUCGUUUCAUCCAUAGAACGCCACAAUGAAAAUGUGAGACAAAAAAAGGAACAGAUAAUUAACCUGGGAAAGGAACUCGAAAUGCAUAGCAAGCAAAUUCAGUUCGUCCUCUCCAAUUGGGUAAAUCAAAUCGAUGAAUGUAUCCUCUUCCUAAAUCAUAACUUAGGCAAAUUUAUAGCCUUUAUAAACCCCGACUAUGGUGCAAAAAUCGAACUGGCUAAAAAAAACGACCUUUUUGAACGAUGCGAAUUGUACAUAAAAGUGAAGUUUAAAAAGACGGCUCCAUUUUUGCUACUCUCCGUUUCGCAUCAAUCCGGGGGGGAACGCUCCCUCACCACAAUGCUGUACAUCCUAUCCAUUCAGAAACUAACAAAGAAUGGCUUCUACGUAUUGGACGAACUGAACCAGGGGCUCGACCACACCAACGAGAAGAAGAUUUUUGAGCUGCUCUCCUGCCUCAGCAACCCCUCCAUGUAUAAGCAGCACUUCAUGCACCACUACGAUUAUAAGCACAUCCAAAUUGACUACCAGUCGAAGCCACAGUACUUCAUUUUGACGCCCCAGAUAAUUCGGGACAUCUUCUUCAAGGACAUCACGGUGCACUACCUCUUCAACGGCUUCGGCGUCCUCCCCGGCCAGUUCGACGAGGCGGUCGACGGAGCGGUGGACAACUUCUAG